AUGACGUUCUCGGCAUUAUGGUGUGCCCAAGUGUGCCCGCCUACGUUCAAAACAUUAACGCCGACAUCGCGCACGCAGCUCAAGCAACAGUUGAUGCGAGAGCAUGCGCAGGAGCAACUACGCAGAGAAUCAUUACAGGCGCAGCAAGCAGGUCAAUCAAAGGAUGAUGGAGAGGAGAAGAAGAAGUCAAGCCCAACGGAGGUGCCGAGGAUCACGCCACACGUGGAAUUGCCGCCACAGGUGUUGCAGGUGCGGACAGUUCUGGAGAACCCCACCAGGUAUCACGUGAUCCAGAAACAGAAGAGUCAGGUGCGACAAUAUCUCAGUGAAUCGUUCACUCCACAAGGACAGGUCAGUCAAAUUGUAUCUAUAUAUAAAAGAAAAAUAUUAUAA